UCGGUUUCGAAGAAAAUAAAAAACGUAUGAACCCGGUCCGAGCUAAGUUUGAUUUCCUGGGAAGGCAAUUUGGGCGAUUCAACCAUCGUCAAGGCGAUUCAGCUUGCUUUGCUCAGAACUGGUCUGUUCAUCAAACAAGGGUUUGGAGGAAAGGAGUCGGGAAGAUGGCUGAAGUCUCUAUGUGUAGCAGUAGUGGCUGCACGGAGCUCACUCCAGAAGAAGAGAGGAUUAUGAUUAGAGACAUUGCUUUGGCUGCUGAAGCUAAUACUAAAGAGGGUGACAUCUUUUAUUUAAUCACUCAAAGAUGGUGGCAACACUGGAUUGAAUAUGUCAACCAAGACCAACCGAUUAAUGCAAAUGAUGGAUCCUCUUUUGCAGAAAUUUACGAUUCAUUUGGUUCAAGCAUGUUAAAAAGACCUGCUAAUAUUGAUAACUCUGACCUAAUUUAUGAUGCCGUGUCAGAGGACUCUAGUGCGAGCAUUGAAAUACAUGAUACUCUUUUAGAAGGUCGUGACUAUGUUCUGCUUCCACAAGAAGUGUGGAACCAACUAUACUUGUGGUAUGGUGGUGGUCCAAAACUGGCACGGAAAGUAAUUAGUGCAGGUCUUUCCCAAACUGAAUUGGCUGUUGAAGUAUAUCCUCUACGCCUCCAAUUAUUAGAGGUGCCAAAGGGUGACCGCUCCACAAUAAGAAUAAGCAAGAAGGAGACAAUUGGCGAGCUUCACAGACGAGCUUGUGAAAUUUUUGAUCUUAACUUGGAACAAGUAUGCAUUUGGGAUUACUAUGGCCACAGAAAACAUGCUUUAAUGAAUGACAUGGAUAAAACUCUUGAUGAUGCUAACAUUCAGAUGGAUCAGGAUAUUCUUGUGGAGAUUAUAAACCAUGGAAAUCACAAUGCAUUGGGUGGCUGUGCAAGUUACGUUCAAGAUAAUGGAACAACCGACAAGGAAGCUACAUCUACUCAUUUAGAGCCUUCUAAGUCAAACUUAAUCAGUGCAGGAGGCAUGUCUAACAAGGGGGCGUCUAAAACAGAAGUAGUGCAGAGCCAGAACCCGACUUCUUCAAUUAAAGAGUUGGAUAAUACAUACGGGCAAAGUGGUGUUAGUACGAGAGGAUCUUCUUGUGGUUUAACAGGGUUGUUAAAUCUUGGUAAUACUUGUUUCAUGAAUAGUGCAAUUCAAUGCCUUGUCCACACACCUGAGUUCGCUAGAUAUUUUCGUGAGGAUUAUCACCAGGAGAUUAACUGGCAGAAUCCGUUGGGCAUGGUUGGUGAGCUUGCCAUGGCAUUUGGUGACUUGCUUAGAAAGCUAUGGGCUCCUGGCCGAACAUCUGUUGCUCCUCGUCCAUUUAAAGCAAAGCUUGCUCGUUUUGCACCCCAAUUUAGUGGAUAUAAUCAGCAUGAUUCCCAGGAACUUCUAGCAUUUCUGCUUGAUGGUUUACAUGAAGAUCUGAAUCGUGUAAAGCACAAACCCUAUAUUAAGUCCAGAGAUGCAGAUGGAAGACCUGAUGAAGAAGUUGCUGAUGAAUAUUGGGCGAACCACAUUGCUCGUAAUGACUCCAUAAUUGUCGAUGUGUGCCAAGGCCAAUACAAAUCAACUUUAGUCUGUCCCGUGUGCAAUAAAGUUUCUGUCACUUUUGAUCCCUUCAUGUAUCUCUCAUUACCACUCCAGUCAACCACCACCCGUACUAUGACAGUGACUGUUUUUACUAGUGAUGGAAGUAAGCGUCCAUCAACUUUAACUGUCACUGUACCAAAACAGGGCCGCUGUAGGGAUCUAAUACAGGCACUUAACGGCACUUGUUCAUUGAGGCACAGCGAGAAGCUUCUGUUGGCGGAGGUGAGAGAUCAUUUGAUUCAGAGGUUUCUGGAAGAUCCACUGAUAUUAUUGUCCACAAUUAGAGAUGAUGACCAUAUUGCUGCCUACAAGAUUCCAAAGUUGACUAAGAAUACUAAAUAUCUUCAAUUGGUUCAUCGAAGCCAGGAACAGGUAAAUAGUGAUGCCCACAAAAUGUCUGGAUGGAGACCUUUCGGAACUCCUCUAGUGUCAGUAGUCUCAUGUGAUGGUCCAGUGAAGAAGGACUACCUUCAGAGAAUAGUCAAAAGAGCAUUGUCUCCAAUGGCGAAGGCUGGGACUUUGAUGGAUACUGAUGUAUCUGAUUCUAGCAUGUCACAUAUAGGAGAAGAUCAUCAUCAUCAUGACUUUUAUGCUGAAACAUGCACAAGUUCAAUGAAUAGCGAUGAUCCAAAAUCUAAAGCUACGGAACCUUUUAAAUUACCUCUCCAGUUGUUGAAUGAGGAAAAUGUUUGCAUUGAGCUAUCAAGUGGAGAAGAAGCUCUGAAACUACCCCCAUCAUCAUCAGUUCUAGUAUAUAUUGAUUGGUCUCAAAAGCUACUAAAGAAGUUUGAUACUGGUUACCUAGAAAAUUUGCCUGAAGUUUUUAAAUCUGGGCCUGUGAUGAAAAAACCUAGAACGGAGCCACUCUCCUUGUAUUCGUGUUUGGAGUCUUUUCUACGUGAAGAACCACUUGUUCCUGAAGAUAUGUGGUUUUGCCCUCAAUGCAAAGAACGACGACAAGCCAGUAAAAAGCUCGACCUUUGGCGGCUUCCAGAAGUGUUAGUCAUCCAUCUUAAAAGAUUCUCAUACAGCAGGUCGAUGAAGCAUAAACUAGAAACAUUUGUUAACUUUCCGAUACAUGACUUUGACUUGACGAAUUAUGUAGCUAAUAAAAAUAACUCUCAACGUCAACUGUAUGAACUGUACGCUUUAACCAACCAUUAUGGUAGCAUGGGUAGUGGUCACUACACUGCACAUAUAAAGCUUAUCGACGAAAACAGGUGGUACAGUUUUGAUGAUAGUCACAUAUCACUUAUAAAUGAAGAAGAGGUGAGAUCAGCCGCUGCUUACGUCCUUUUCUAUCGGCGGGUAAAGACAGAAGAUGUAUCAGUUAGUAACGGAGUCCAAUCAUGUGCCUCAACUCAGAAAUAGACGUCACUGAUCACUGUGCUUAUUUUUCUUAAAAAUGGGAUUGCAGGUAUGAGUGCAUCGAAACUUUAUUGCAUAUAUACCUGCCACUCUUGUUCUGGUUUCAGUAAUUCCAGAAGCAAGUGAAAGUUAGAGAAACUGUCCACUAUAAGUGGCUGUUUAGCAUGUGAACCUGUUGUGAAGUAAUGGAAAUCACAUGGGAUAUUUGUCCCCAUCUUUUCGUAAAAAGAAGAAGAAAAGAAAGAAAUUAUAGAACCAGAAAUCUUAAAACUUCUAAUUCGAAUUCCAAUGCUUUAGCUUUUAUACUAAAGCAUGCAUGCGCUUCCUCAUCUUUAUGUCUACUAAAUCACUGGAGUCAGUGUCUGUAGUUGUACUUGUUUCAUCCAUUCUUGAAAUUCAGCACCCCUUGAGACAUUGAACUGAUUUUUGCUUCCUUCUAGUAGAAUCCUUACGUUUGGUGAAUUUCAGAUUUUCAUUCUUUUAAGAGAUUUAAAGCAGAGCUCGGGAUGGCUAUUAAACUAGAUUUGAAUUGAAACCCCUUUUGGAAGAACUACUAAUUAACCGUUCAUUUAAAGCAUACGUUGUUUUAUGGUGAGUUUGAUGACUUUUGAAUUGGCUAAAUGUAUUUUCAGCCACUUCUCAAAAUUUUUAGUGUGUUUAGUUACCUUAUAAAGAAAUGGUUUUGGACAUCUUUAAAACACCAUGUCAAGGUACUUUUCGGAGACUACACUCAACUAAUGCUUUUAAAAAGUGCGUGUAUAAAAGCAUUAAGAGAUCAUCUUCUGUCCUUUUGGGCUCUAGUGGUCCGGCAUAUGUAAAGAUUCGGAAAGUUCGGAUCAUUUUCUGUGGAGUUAGUUUGUGGAGGUGAUUUGGACAGAUUCUUGGAGGCUUUUGACGUCUAGACUCUAGAUGGCUCGUAACAAACCGUGCAAGCCUUUUGAGAUAAAAGAAAGGACUCUCUGGUAUGCUGGGUUUUUUGUUUUUUUUGUGGUGUUACAAAGUAUCUG